CCCUUUUCCAAGGAGAAAUGAAGAAGAAAACUGUAUAUACCCUAAACAUGGGAGAUAAGGAGUAUGAAGAUAUGGAAGGAGAAGAAAAUAGAGAUGAUACUACUACCACUGGUCUGUUGUACAGUGAAGCUGACAGAUGUCCCAUAUGUCUUAAUUGCCUGUUAGAGAAGGAAGUUGGUUUUCCAGAAAAUUGUAAUCAUGUGUUCUGUAUGACCUGUAUUCUUAAAUGGGCAGAGACACUGGCUUCAUGUCCUAUUGACCGAAAACCUUUCCAGGCAGUGUUUAAAUUCAGUGCAUUGGAAGGCUAUGUUAAGGUAAGUCUUAGAUUUUGUUUUGAAAGUUCAUCUUAUUUUGCUAAAACUGUCGUCACUAUGGUCCAGACUAAUCUUCUGACUUCCAAAUCCCAUGGAAACUCUUCAUAUAGUGAAAAAGAAGGGAAGAAAAAUGAAGCAAUAAAGAUAUAUAAGCCUCAAAGAUCAAAUUGGCGUACAAGUCAGUGCUUCAGAAAUUUUUUCUCCAAUAUAUUUUCUUCUAGUAGUCACACUGGAGAAUCUUCUUUUACCUGUAGAGCUUAUUGUACAGAAUUUAUAGAAGUCAAUGAAAUCAGUGCAUUGAUUAGGCAGAAGAGACAGGAACUGGAAUUAUCAUGGUUUCCUGAUACAUUACCUGGAAUUGGAAGAAUUGGUUUUAUACCCUGGAAUAUUGAAAUGGAAGUUCUUCCUCUCAUUUCUUCUGUGUUGCCAAGAACUAUUUUUCCAACAAGUACCCUAUCUUUAGAAAAUUUUGGUGCUUCUUGCAAGGCAUUAGCACAUACCCAAGAAGGAGAAGAAAAGAAGCAAACUUCUGGUACGUCAAAUACCAGAGGAUCAAGACGAAAACCUGCAGCAACAACUCCUACAAGGAGAUCUACACGUAACAUGAGAGCUGAAACAGUCAGUCAGUCUCCAAGAUCCCCAAUAUCAGAUAAUUCUAGGUUUGAUGCCCCAGGUAACAAUAAUCCAUCUGUAAGUGUUUCCUCUUCAGCUGUGUCAGAAAAGCAAACAAGACAAGCUCCAAAACGGAAGUCUAUAAGAAGAGGAAGAAAACCAUCUUUAUUAAAAAAGAAGCUUCGGAGCUCUGUACCUCCACCUGAAAAAUCAUCUUCCAGUGAUUCAGUAGAUGAAGAAACAGCAGAAUCUGACAUACCACCUAUGUUAGAAAAAGAGCACCAAUCAAAUGUAGAAAGUAGUAACACUUGUACUAUGAAGACAAAUGUAGAAAACCAAUCUGCUAACUGCUUGCAAAGUUUCAGUGAGCAAAUAGAAAGUGAGAAACAUGCUGAGAAUCGUGAUAUAGAGGAAAACGUAGAAUCUUCAUAUUCUGAGUCUUGUACUCAAGAUCCUCCUGUGCUACUUGGAGAGGAAGAGGAAAUUCAAAAACUUGAGAAUACAGAUAGAGAGGCUAAAGUUUUGUGUUUAGAAAGUGAGAUUUCUGAAAACAUUUUUGAAAAAGGAGGCGAUCCAUUAGAAAAUCAAGACCAGAUAUCUGGACCUUCAGAAUCAGAGGUAAAGGCAGAUAUGUGUACAGAUCAUCCUCCAAACGAUUUUCUUCCAUGUUCAGGAUCUGAAAAUGAAGUACACCAACCUGUAUCUAGUCCCUUACCCGAGUUACCAGAGAAUGCAGAGUCAAUGGUUAAUGAAGAAAAAAUGAGAGAGAAUCCUAUAGCAGAAAUUAUUGAUCAUAAAGAUUCUGCAGUAAAAAUAGAAGAGCUUGUAGAGAGUCCCAAGUUAGAAUCUUUUGAGGGUGAAAUGAUACAAACAGUGGACAGAAAAUCCGUUGAGAGCUCAGAGGUUCAAUUGCUUGGGCAUGUUGAAACUGAAGAUACAGAAAUAAUUACAACAUGUGAUACUUCUGAGAAUGAAAAUGUCAAUAGUAUUCAAGACUCUGAAAAUAAUUUAUUAAAAAAUGAUCUUCUUAACACUGAGUUGGACAAAUCUUUAGAAGAAAAGAGUGAAUCGGUGAUUGAACAUCCCAAAUCUACAGAGUUGCCUAAAACACACAGUGAACAAAUUCAGAAGCAUUUUAGUGAGGACAACAAUGAAAUGAUACCUAUGGAGUGUGAUUCAUUUUGCAGUGACCAAAAUGAAUCUGAAAUUGAACCAUCUAUAGAUGCUCAUUCUAAACAACUGAAUGAAAAUUCCGUGGCACUCAGUUCUGAAAAUAAUAUACCAUCUUCUGAUCCUGCAAAUGAAAAGAUUGAAACUGUAUCUCAGCCAUCAGAAAGCUCAAUAGAUACAAUAGAUAAAGCCAAAAAGCCUCGUACGCGAAGAUCUAGAUUUCAUUCCCCGUCUACUACUUGGUCUCCCAACAAAGAUUCUGCACAAGAAAAGAAGCGGUCGCAGUCUCCAUCUCCCAAAAGAGAAACUGGAAAAGAAAGUAGGAAGUCUCGAUCACCAUCUCCUAAGAAAGAAUCUGUCCGAGGACGGAGAAAAUCUCGUUCUCAGUCCCCCAAAAAGGAUAUUGCAAGAGAAAAGAGGCGAUCUCAGUCUCGUUCUCCAAAGAGAGAUAGUACGAGGGAAGGCAAAAGAUCUGAAUCACUGUCCCCAAGAAGAGAUACUUCUAGAGAGAACAGAAGAUCUCAAUCAAGAGUGAAAGAUUCCUCUCCAGGAGAAAAAUCCAGGUCCCGGAGCAGAGAAAGAGAAAGUGAUAGAGAUGGACAGAGGAGAGAUCGAGAAAGAGAAAGGAGAACCAGAAGAUGGUCUAGGUCCAGAUCUCAUUCUAGGUCACCCUCAAGAUCCAGAACAAAAAGUAAGAGUUCAUCGUUUAGUAGAAGUGACAGAGAUAAUUACUCUCCCCGGUGGAAGGAAAGAUGGACAAAUGAUGGUUGGAGAUGUCCACGAGGAAAUGAUCGAUACAGAAAGAAUGAUCCAGAGAAACAGAAUGAAAAUACAAGAAAAGAAAAAAAUUAUAUCAGUCCAGAUGUUGAUGAUCCAAAUUCUGCUGAAAAACGUAGAAAUGACUGUCUUAAUUGGGUAACAGAAAAAAUAAACUCUGGGCCUGAUCCAAGGACCAGAAAUCCAGAAAAGCUGAAAGAGUCUCAUUGGGAAGAAAAUAAAAAUGAAAAUUCAGGGAAUUCUUGGAAUAAAAACUUUGGUUCAGGUUGGAUGUCUAACCGUGGUAGAGGGAACCGUGGACGAGGCACUUACAGAGGUAGUUUUGCCUAUACAGAUCAGAAUGAAAGUAGAUGGCAAAACCGCAAACCCCUCUCAGGGAAUUCAAAUAGUGCAGGGAAUGAGUCUUUCAAGUUUGUGGAACAGCAACCCUAUAAGCGAAAAAGUGAGCAAGAGUUCUCAUUUGAUACACCUGCAGAUAGAUCUGGGUGGACAUUUGCCUCUAGUUGGGCUGUGAGAAAGACUCUGCCAGCAGAUGUACAAAACUAUUAUUCACGACGAGGCAGGAAUUCUUCAGGUCCACAAUCUGGAUGGAUGAGACAAGAAGAGGAAACAACUGAACAGGAUUCUAACCUGAAAGACCAAACAAAUCAACAAGUUGAUGGUUCUCAGCUGCCUAUAAAUAUGAUGCAACCACAAAUGAAUGUAAUGCAGCAACAAAUGAAUGCACAACACCAGCCUAUGAAUAUCUUCCCAUAUCCAGUGGGUGUUCACGCUCCUUUGGUGAACAUCCAACGCAAUCCGUUUAACAUUCAUCCUCAGCUACCUUUGCAUCUCCACACAGGAGUGCCUCUUAUGCAGGUAGCUGCUCCUACCAGUGUGUCUCAGGGACUACCACCACCACCACCCCCUCCCCCACCAUCCCAGCAAGUCAACUACAUUGCUUCACAACCAGAUGGAAAGCAAUUGCAGGGUAUUCCUAGUUCUUCUCAUGUAAGUAAUAACAUGAGCACACCAGUCUUGCCUGCUCCGACAGCAGCCACAGGAAAUGUGGGAACAGUUCAGGGACCAAGUUCUGGUAAUACUUCGUCUUCAAGUCACAGCAAAGCCUCUAAUGCUGCUAUAAAAUUGGCAGAAAGCAAAGUAAGUGUUACAGUGGAAGCCAGCGCAGAUAGCUCGAAGACAGACAAGAAAUUGCAAAUUCAAGAAAAAGCAGCGCAAGAGGUAAAAUUGGCCAUUAAACCAUUUUACCAAAAUAAAGAUAUCACCAAGGAAGAAUAUAAAGAAAUUGUACGGAAAGCAGUAGAUAAAGUUUGUCAUAGUAAAAGCGGUGAAGUAAAUUCUACUAAAGUGGCAAAUCUGGUUAAAGCCUAUGUAGACAAAUACAAAUAUUCACGGAAGGGGAGCCAAAAGAAAACUCUGGAAGAACCUGUGUCUACUGAAAAAAACAUAGGCUGAAUUGGGGAGCACUAUAAAGGACAUUAUCAAGAUAUCUGCAAAGUGCAAUUUCAACUUGUACCAUUAACUGAAAAUCAUACAUAACUGUGAUUGAAAUUUGGUUUUGAUAAAAUUAUUUUUUUUAACGUAGGAUAUAAUGUUUUGUUCUAAAUAAAUAAUAGUUCUGCACUGCAACUUCUAUAUCCUUCCUUCCCCUCCCCCUGAAAAGAAAAUUUCAAGGGAAAGUAAAGAGUUUAGAGGAAGGUGCAUUUUUACUAGGACUGUGUUAUAGUAUGGAUACUGGAAGUUGUACAACUUUUCGAGUAAAACAAUGGAGUGCAUAAAUUAGAGACUUCUAAGUGCACUGGUUUUGCAAGAGAUAUAUAUAUAUAUAAUACAUUUAUUCUGUCAGGCUAAAAAAUAAAGUAUGAACUUUAUGAUUUUUCCCUUUAAUUAUAGAAAGUUAAAUAAUGUAUUACCAUGAAAAGUAUUUCUAAUAUUAAAUAGAACAUACCAGUUGCAGGGUUCCUAAUGUGUAUUUUUACAGCACAUAUCUGAAUAAAUUGCUGAGAUAGAAGACAAAUUAUCACGAGUAAAAUUUAGUGUUCAAAACUUUGAGACACUCUUCACCUGUUGUGUGACCAAAUAAAGGUUAUGCUGCUUGUU